CACGCGUUCUGUGCUCUCGGCAUUUCCAAGGCUCUCCCAACUGUUUCGAGCUACCGAAGGGCGACCAACUUCGAUUUCAUCGAAGCCUUCAAUACAUACAUCUCUUUAUAUAUGUAUAUAUAUGAUCCUCUCGCCUCAAACUUUGCAGUUGCAGAGCUCCGAGCAAAUCCGUGCCUCAUUUCAGUUUCACCUCUCAAUCAUUCGAGAUUUCUGGCACUAGAAAGUGAAUCAACUUUUUGAAGAUGGCCACAAGUGCAACUCCUGCCAUGCACCUAGCAAUAGACAAGCCAUGCAUCUAUUCAUCCAGCAAAGUUUCUUUGCCAGGCACUAUAGCCUUCAGAACUGAAAUUAAAAAAGCACAUUGUGUAAGGAUUUCUAGUUCUUCUCAUGUUUCAUCAACACAGCAAUUGUUCCAAGGCUUCCAGUUCACUCCUGCAAAAUUUCAAAAAGUCAUUACAAAAGCAAUGUCUGAAGCAAGCAACAACGAGCCUGUGUCUGGCUUGCCAAUUGAUUUGAAAGGUAAGAGGGCAUUUAUUGCUGGCGUAGCUGAUGAUAAUGGAUAUGGUUGGGCAAUAGCCAAAUCUCUUGCUGCUGCAGGUGCUGAAAUCCUUGUUGGAACAUGGGUGCCUGCACUGAACAUUUUUGAGAGCAGUCUUAGACGUGGGAAAUUUGAUGCAUCUCGCAUGUUGCCAGAUGGUUCCCUUAUGGAGAUUACAAAAGUAUAUCCCUUGGAUGCAGUUUAUGAUAGCCCUGAGGAUGUUCCUGAAGAUGUCAAAGCAAACAAACGGUAUUUAGGGUCCUCAAAUUGGACAGUUAAGGAAGUUGUUGAAUCUGUCAAGCAAGACUUUGGCAGCAUUGACAUUCUGGUGCACUCACUUGCCAAUGGACCGGAGGUCAGCAAACCUCUUUUGGAAACAUCAAGGAAUGGAUAUCUUGCAGCCCUCUCUGCUUCAAGUUACUCUUACGUUUCUCUACUCAAGCAUUUCCUUCCAAUAAUGAAUCCAGGCGGUGCUUCAGUUUCUCUUACUUACAUUGCUUCUGAGAGGAUCAUACCAGGAUAUGGAGGAGGCAUGAGCUCGGCAAAGGCUGCGCUUGAGAGUGACACUAGAGUGCUGGCUUUUGAAGCUGGAAGAAGGCACAAAGUGAGAGUCAACACUAUAUCUGCAGGCCCUCUAAGAAGUCGUGCUGCAAAAGCUAUUGGCUUCAUCGAUAUGAUGAUCGACUCAUCUGCAAAUGCACCAUUGCAGAAAGAACUAUCUGCAGAGGAAGUAGGAAACACGGCCGCCUUCCUUGCGUCGCCACUGGCUUCUGCAAUCACUGGCGCUAUUGUAUACGUGGACAACGGCCUGAAUGCGAUGGGAGUUGGAGUCGAUAGCCCAGUAUUUGCAGAUCUCGACAUUCCUAAAGACAACUAGAAGUAGUGAGACAAUUCAAGUACUAUAUCCGUAUCAAGCGGCUUCUGUUCUGUUGGUAACGUCAUUAGCAAAAAUAAGUAAAUGUCCUUUCCCCCUCUUGUGUUUUAAAUGACUCUUUUUUAUCAUUGGAGGAUAGAUCGGUUGGUGUACUAUUUUGAAGUGAGGAUAAAUUGCGUAUUUUCGUAGCAAUUGAUUUUAUUGCUGUGUUUAUUGUAUCAUU